AAACCGGAUGAAGUCAAGCAGAGUCCACCUCACAUGAAGUCAUGGGAUUUGUUGACCCGAACUAUCGCCCUGUCUCACAUUUGGAUAGCUGUGAGUACAAAGGUGUAGAAGGUGUAGAAGGCGCCAAAUUCUUCUGCUCUUUCAAUGGAGAGUUCUUCAAUGAACGUCCCGAUUUCGAGCCCGCUACUAUUGACGGAGGGUCCAACAACCUCGGAGACCCCGACGAAGCUGACAAUGCUGCAUUCCAGAGCUUCAUUGCAGGCAAGGAGCUUCGCGCAAAAAAGGAGCCACGUCCGCAUCCUGAGUCGAACGUACUGUAUCAGCCUCUCAUUGACCACGAGAUACGAGUCUUGGAACUGAAGCCUGCGGCCUUCGAUGCUUCUUUCCAGGCUGGUCUCCAUGUUGUCAACAUCGAUUUUGCCUACCCUGAACGCCUCGAGCCUGCGUAUCCAUGGGUCAAACUUCCCGGGGGGACGUCUUUUCGAAGACAUGAGACCGUUCUGGUACACGGCAUUGAGCAACACUUGGGUCCACCUGUUUUCGAUCAGCAGGUUGAUUUUGAAGCUGGCUCCAUCAGAACCACAUCCGGACUCGCAUCUGCAUUGCGAUAUCUCAGAUCUUCAACACAAAGUGUAUUCCUUUGGAUCGAUCAAGUCUAUAUCAACCAAUCCGACCUCAAGGAGAAAGAUGCGCAGAUUUCUUUGAUGAAUCUGAUAUACACUCGCGCCACCAAUACACUUAUAUGGUUAGGUGAUGACGAUGGUGCCGACGCUUACAUAGCAUUCCAAACAUUACGGCUUGUACAUGAUCGGCUACAACUCAGUGAUACGAAAAUGACCAUCUCCGCUCUUGAGUUCCAACGUCUUCAUAUCCCUGCGCCCAACGAUGUAUCGUGGUGGGCCGUACGACAGCUCUUUGGAAGACACUGGUUCUCGAGGACCUGGACUAUUCGGGAGGCUUGUCUUUCCAGAAAGCUCUACGUGCAAUGUGGCAAGGCUGUGGUACCUUGGGACGAUUUAUCAGCGUGGUGUAUGACACUAGAAGUCUCUGGUCUACUUGUAUGGUUGGCCGCCAACGAUGUAUUGCCUAUCGCCUUUAUUAGCCUCAAUGAGAGGACAAGCCUCGUAGAAGCCUUGGUCAAAACCCGACACGCAGCCGCUACCGAACCUAAAGACAAAGUGUAUGGCGUACUUGGCCUUGCAAAUUCUGACCUUAUGCCGAUCCUGCCGGAUUCCUCCAAGGAAAUUACAUCGAGGCAUGUGUAUCACAAGGCUUGUGUUGCAGAACUUUUGGGAAGCUCACGUUUGAUACCGUUGCUAAAAUGCGUGGACCAUGAUACGCCUCUACGGCCAUCCUGGGUCCCAGCUUGGAGCAGCCCACGUGUCACUGCAGCGCUCGGAUAUCUGACAGCAACGUGGGGCGUGUACAUGACCGGUGGCGACCCAUCAGGCGGAGUCUCAAGGGUACUCAGCGACGAUCGCAAAAGGCUCACAUUAUGCGGCAAAAUCUUCGACACUGUCUCCUCGACAGGUGAAGUUAGUAUUGACCCGAGUCUCUAUAUCGAAGAACCCUCAUUGCUGAGCAACCCUUGGGCGAAUUAUGUCUACAUAGCUGACAACCCAAGAUCGAAAACUCUAUACUCGACUACCAAUGAAUCCGUCUAUCACGCGUUUUGGCAGACAGUCAUGGCGGGACGGGAAUGA